GCAAAGUGACUUUAAAACGGACAUCAACAAUUAUUCAUUUUUAUAAUUUUCCUUGACAAGCUGUGAAAAUGUUUACACUGUGGGCACUGAUUGAGGCCUCGCUGCUGUGCCUGAAUGCCGUGUGCAUCUUGAACGAGGAGCGCUUUCUGGCCAGAUUUGGCUGGAGACGACAAAUGGUUCAACAGGAGCUCGGUCCGCCCAGCACUACGGAGCAGAUCUUAUUCAUAAUUCGCUCGAUUCGCACAGUUGCCAAGAUUCCAUUGAUAUUUCUGAACAUUAUAGCGAUUACAUUCAAACUGUUGUUUGGUUAACUAACGAGUAUGAUAAAAGGAAGCCAGAAAAAGGAGGAGACACAUAAAUAAAUAGCAAACAAAGGUAAACAAAUAAAUGUAAAUCAGGCAAGAGGAGCAGCAAAAAUCGAAUUACAGCAAAAACAAGAUAACCAACAAAAUGUAAAAAAAAAAAAAAAACAACAACACAUAAAAGAGAGGGAGAGAGAGAGGGAGAACAAAAAAACAAUGUACAAUGAACAAUUGGAAAUAAAUCGCAUGUGGGUGGAGAGUUGAUCAAA